AUGUUGUUCUUCUCGGUGUUUAAAACUCUCACAGAACAGACGGUGACGGUUGAAUUAAAGAAUGACCUUUGUUUGAUUGGUACUUUGAAAUCAGUUGAUCAAUUCCUUAAUAUCAAAUUAGACAAUGUUAAAGUACUCGAUGAACAGAGGUACCCUCAUAUGAUGGCUAUCAAAAAUACUUUCAUUAGAGGCUCGGUCGUUAGAUACGUUCAAUUACCAUCAGAAUCAAUCGAUACUCAACUCCUUCAGGAUGCCACACGCAGAGAAGCAACACGCAAUUAA